CUAGCCCUUUCCACUUAUAUAUAAAAGCCAAAGCUUAAAGUUUAGUUCAUCUUCUCCGUCAUUUGAAAUCUCGUUCCCCAUCGACGCCUCUGCUUAUCGCAUCAUCAGCCAUGUCGAGGAGAAAGGUUAGGGAGCCAAAGGAAGAGACUACGACCCUUGGGCCUGCUGUACGAGACGGAGAGCAUGUUUUCGGUGUUGCCCACAUUUUUGCUUCUUUUAAUGACACUUUCAUUCAUGUGACUGAUUUGUCUGGAAGAGAGACUAUGGUUCGUAUUACAGGUGGUAUGAAGGUGAAAGCCGACAGGGAUGAAUCUUCACCUUAUGCUGCGAUGCUUGCAGCACAAGAUGUUUCCCAGAGAUGCAAGGAACUCGGAAUCACGGCCCUCCACAUCAAAUUACGUGCUACAGGAGGUAACAAAACCAAGACCCCUGGUCCGGGUGCUCAGUCAGCUCUCAGGGCUCUUGCACGCUCCGGGAUGAAAAUUGGCCGUAUCGAGGAUGUUACACCCAUUCCGACUGAUAGCACCCGAAGAAAGGGUGGUAGAAGAGGGAGAAGGCUAUAAACUAGCACAUUAUGUUCUAGCAAAUCUAUCCUUAAGUGUUUUUUUGGUGGUAUUGGCAUUUGGUUAUUUGGUAAUAACUGUUCUUUAUGAGCCCUUUUUCAUAGUUUUAUAUCGGUAUAUUCUAUAUUGGAGUUGUAGAACAUAAUGAACUAUGGAUCUAUCAAUCGCAUUUUUCAUGUUUUUGGUAA